UUUGGAAACUAAAAUUAUUUAGUGACAAUCAACUUUCUACUAAUUUAUUAGAAUAUAUUUAUUUAGCUCUUAUUUCAUAUCAGAUUGUUAUGCAUGUUAUUAUCUGUUGUUUUUUUAAUUGGCUUAGUUCUAAUGGAUUAAAAUUGAUUUUUAUUGUGUCAGGGAUACUUUGGUUAAUCAUUCCAGCCAUCUACACAAAUUUUACCAUUAAUGAAUUAGGAAAUGUUCCAUUUCUUUGUUCACAACUUAUUUGUAAGAUUAGAGCAACAAAUUUAAUUAUAAUGUGGAUUGGAUUUAUUACGAUAUUUUUUAUGACAAUUUGUAUCGUUUUUUUUGAAAAUGAGAAAUUAAAUUUAUUAAUGGGUAAAAAGAGAAAAAUUAAUAAUAAUAAAAAACAAAAGAGACCAAGAAAAAAUAGUAAAUGUAGUGAAGUAGGAGCAAAAUUGGUAAGUUUGGAUAAUGAUGUUGAAAGUUAAAAAGUUAAGUAUUAUUAUUAUUAUUAAUUAUAUCACGUAAACUUCACGUUAAAAAUUCACGUAAAAUAUCGUAAAAUUCACGUAAAUUCACGUAAAUUCACGUAAAAUAUCACGUAAAAUACCCCACGUAAAAUAUCAUGUAAAAUACACGUACUUGUCAUUACUUGUCGUAUUGUAUA